UUCCCUGGCCGGACGGAGAGCGGCAGUGUCUCCCCGCCGGGCGCGCUCACCGCGUCUCCCCCCCGCGGCCGCAGCUGCUCGCUAGCCCUGCGCGGCGCCGGAGAGCACAGUGGCGCCGGCGGGAAAGGGUUGCGGACCCGCGGCGCCGCGUUGUGCUCUCGACGACGCGGCCCCGGCUUCGACGCCCUCGGUCCGCUGCAGGAGCAGUAAGAAGACAUGUUGGAUAUCAAGAAGAAGUGUAGCAUUUGCAUAUAUCAACCGUGGCCUUAAUGAGCAUGUUGCCAGCAUUGAUGCUAGACAGACAGUCUUUUUACUGCUGGAUUGUGCAAGAUAUUUAACCCUGUUUUGUUUGAAUUAUGACUUAAAUAUCAAACAUCUUAACUAAGAAAAGGGAAACAUUUUAGUUUUGGAAGUCAGAAUGCCAAGGAGAAGGAAAAAUCUUGGGGGAAAUCCUUUUCGGAAGACUGCAAACCCUAAGGAAGUUGUCGUAUCCAGUGUUGCUAGUCGUGAGGAGCCAACCACUACUCUUCCUUCCAUGGGUGAGACAAAAGUUGAUCAGGAAGAACUCUUCACCAGUAUCUCAGAGAUAUUUUCUGAUCUGGAUCCUGAUGUAGUGUAUUUGAUGCUUUCUGAAUGUGAUUUCAAAGUUGAAAAUGCUAUGGAUUGUCUAUUAGAAUUAUCUGCCACUGAUACCAAGACAGAAGAAUCAUCUUUACAAAGUUUUGUUGCUUCUGAGAACCAAGUAGGUGCAGCAGAAAGUGAAAUAAUGGAAAAACGUCUUGAAGAAGAGAGUGAAGAUUCAAAAAUGGAUUCAUUUUUGGACAUGCAGCUAACUGAAGACCUGGAUUCCUUAAUACAGAAUGCUUUUGAGAAAUUGAACUCUUCUCCUGAUGACCAAGUAUAUUCACUUUUGCCUUCGCAAGAUGUUAAUAGUUUUAAUGACCCGAGUGAGUUUGUAAAUUCUGAUUCCAGUAAUAUGACUCCUAUUUUUUGUACACAAAAUGUGAAUUUAAACAGUGAAAAUUUAGAGAAUUCUGCCUCUACAUUAAGUUUAAAUCCAUUACCUUCACAUUCAGUUUUGAAUGAGUCCAGAUGUUUUAUAAAGGAUAACACAGUGGCUUUGGAAGGUAACCACCCAGAAGAUUCUCUUCUUAGUAGUUCUUUAAAUGUAACAGGUGACUCCAUCAUGGGAGGUAGCAGUCUCAAUCAAAAACAGAAAGAACUUUUAGAAUCUGAGUGUGUUGAGGCUCAGUUCUCUCAAGCCCCUGUAGAUUUGGAUGCCAGCGAACCUCAGGCUUCUCUAAACCCUCCAGGGCUUGAUUUACCAGGUACGGGUGGGGAUCAGAAAUCUACUCCAGUCUCUGAUAUGUUUCUACCUUCUGAAGGGUUCAACUUCAAGCCACACAAACAUCCUGAACUGCCAACUAAGGGGAAAGAUGUAAGUUACUGCCCAGUACUUGCUCCUCUCCCCUUACUGUUGCCUCCUCCUCCACCUCCACCAAUGUGGAAUCCAAUGAUUCCUGCGUUUGACCUCUUCCAAGGAAAUCAUGGCUUUGUAGCUCCUGUUGUAACCACAGCGGCACACUGGAGAUCUGUCAACUAUACAUUUCCACCCUCAGUUAUUUCUCACACUUCCCCAACAAAAGUAUGGAGAAAUAAAGAUGGAACAAGCGCUUAUCAAGUACAAGAAACCCCAGUUUCUCAGGUUGUAAGAAAGAAGACAUCUUACGUUGGACUAGUUCUUGUUCUUCUCAGAGGGCUUCCGGGAUCUGGAAAAUCUUUUUUGGCAAGGACUUUGCAAGAGGAUAAUCCAAGUGGAGUCAUUCUUAGUACUGAUGAUUAUUUUUAUAUAAAUGGACAGUACCAGUUUGAUGUAAAGUACUUAGGAGAAGCACAUGAAUGGAACCAGAAUCGUGCAAAAGAAGCAUUUGAGAAGAAGAUAUCUCCUAUAAUUAUAGAUAAUACAAACCUACAGGCUUGGGAAAUGAAACCAUAUGUUGCUUUGUCUCAGAAACAUAAAUAUAAAGUCCUUUUUCGGGAACCAGACACAUGGUGGAAGUUUAAACCAAAGGAACUUGCAAGGCGUAACAUUCAUGGGGUAAGCAAAGAAAAAAUAUCAAGAAUGUUGGAACAUUAUCAACGUUUUGUGUCAGUGCCAAUAAUUAUGAGUUCUUCGGUUCCAGAGAAAAUUGAACGUAUUGAGUUGUGUGCAUAUUCUUGUGAGGACAGAAGUACUAGCCCAAGAGACAAAGAAGAUAUUAUCUCUGAAAAAGAAGAAAAUGUUUUAUCUUCAUCUUCGAAGCACCUAGAAUUAAUUGAAGAGAAGAAUCUUGAUGUAACCAAAGAAGCAGUGUUACCUGAGAGUGUUACGUAUCUCUCUAAUGUAGAUUUAAACAAAAGAAGAAAAGAAAUAAGUGAUAUGAAUCCUAGCAUUCAAAGUGCUUUAAUUCUGGAAACUCCACACAUGUAUUUUUCUGACUCUGAAAGCAAACUACAAGCAACAGACAAAAGUGAAGAAGACCCAAUAGAAAUGGUGGCUGUAAAACAGUAUAGUAAAAGCAUUGCAGAUAGCUCUGUAGAGAGAGUAUCACCUAGUACUUGCUGUAGUGAAAAUAAUCAAGAAGACUGUGAUUUUGCAAAUACUGGACCUCUUCAAAAUGAAAAAUCCUCACCCUGCGAAAUAGUGGAAGAAAGAGCAACAGUAAAGAAAAAAGCCUAUGGGAAACAAAAAAGCAAAUCAGCUUUGGAAAAGUUCCCAAGACAUGAGCUAUCAAAUUUUGUUGGUGACUGGCCAAUUGAUAAGACUAUUGGUCAGAGGACAAAAAGGAACAGAAAAAUGGAAAAAACUUCAUCUGUACAAAGUGACAAAAAGUAUAAUUACCUUCAGUCAUGUAAAGUAUUAGAUAACAAUGUAUCUGUGACUAUAGAUGGUGUUCAGCAACCAGGAUCUCCACAUGAAUGUGUAGAGGAUGGCAGAAAGUCACAGUGUGAUGAUGCUUCAGAGCCACCCAAUAGCUAUAAAUAUGAUGCUUAUAAAAGUAAUGAAAAAAACUCAUUCAGCGUGGGUGACUGGCCUCCAUCUGAUUCUUUAGCUCAGAGGGAACACAGAUCAAGAAUGCCAAAGACUGGUUUAAGUGAGCCCAACCUAGAAAUUGGAACAAAUGACAAAAUGAAUGAAAUAUCCUUAUAUACAGCACAUGAGGCCUGUUGGGGCAUAAGCCCUCAAAAACUAAAGACGUUGGGUAGCUCCAAUCUAGGAAGUUCUGAAAUGCUACCCAGUGAAAUGACCUGUGAGAGUCAGACUUGUCUAAGUAAAAUGAGUCAUGGGGAACACACAUCAUUGCCUCUUACUUUUACCAAUAGUGCACCAACUAUUUCUGGAGUAGUAGAACCACAAAUGUUAACUGAAUUUCAAGAGGGAAUGCCUAAGAGAGAUGCUGCAAAAGAAGUAGGCAUGUGUACCCAGACUGAACCACAGGAUUUUGCUCUUUUAUGGAAAAUAGAAAAGAAUAAAAUCAGCAUUUCAGAUUCUAUCAAAGUAUUAACAGGAAGAUUAGAUGGAUUUAAGCCAAAAGCUUUCAAUAUUAACACAAAGUCAGAUGUUCAGGAAGCAAUUCCAUAUAGAGUAAUGUAUGAUAAAAGCACAUUUGUUGAAGAAAGUGAGCUUACCAGUGCAGAUGAAUCUGAAAAUCUUAACAUUCUUUGUAAACUAUUUGGAUCCUUUUCAUUAGAAGCCCUGAAAGACUUAUAUGAGAGGUGUAAUAAAGAUAUUAUUUGGGCCACAAGCCUUUUGUUGGAUUCUGAAACUAAAUUAUGUGAGGAUACAGAAUUUGAGAAUUUCCAAAAAUCAUUCGAUGGAUCACAAAUUGGGCCUUUUUCUCUGGGGUUGAAUUUGAAAGAAGUUAUUAGCCAAAGAGGAACUUUAGAGAAUUUUAAUUCUAUGCCAGAGUUUUGCCAUGGGACUGGUAUUAGUAAUGCUAACUCGCAGUCUACUUGUGAUGUAGAAAGAAGAAACUCAGAGCAGGCAGAAAUGAGAGCUGUUACUCCUGAAAACCCUGAAUCAGUGAAAAGUAUUUUUCCCCGUGCUUCUGUGGGUCUAAAGAAUAAUAAUAAUGACAUACUUCCUAACAGCCAGGAAGAACUUUUAUAUAGCAGUAAGCAGUCCUUUCCAGGUAUUCUAAAAGCUGCUACCCCUAGAGAUAUGAGUGAAGCAGAGAAAAACCUAGUAGUCACAGAGAUUGGAGACAAUAAACAUUCUCCUUCAGAUUUCUCUGAUAUUUUUAACUUUGCAUCUAGUACUUCAAAUCUUGAAUUAAAUGAAGAAAUUUAUUUUACUGACUCUCUUGAAAUAAAGAGAAAUGAAAAUCAUCUAAAGGAUUAUGUGAAAUUUUUAGACACAGAAGAAUUUAUGAAUGAAGAUGAGCAGGAAAUAGAGGAAAUUCUAAUGGCAGGAAGUGGUUUAUCAACUGGAAUUAAUGAGGAAGAUAAAACCGAGAUACUGAAUCCUACUGCAGUGAUGGCCAGAUCUCUGACCAUAGACUGUCUGGAAUUGGCAUUACCCCCUGAACUGGCUUUUCAACUUAAUGAAUUAUUUGGUCCUGUUGGUAUUGAUUCAGGAUCUCUAACAGUUGAAGAUUGUGUGGUUCAUAUAGAUCUGAACCUGGCCAAAGUGAUUCAUGAGAAAUGGAAAGCAUCUGUAAUGGAACGACAAAGACAAGAAGAGGUGUCUUGUGGCAAGCUUAUGCAAGAUCCUUCCUUGGUUGGACAUACUGGUCUUGAUAAUCUUGAACAAAAAUCAUCUCAGAGAACAGGCAAAAAAUUACUGAAGACUUUAGCAGCACCUGAAAUGCUAUCUUUAUUGGAUCAUUGGAAUAUUCAAACUAAAAAAGUAUCACUCAGAGAAAUAAUGUCAGAAGAAAUUGCCUUACAGGAAAAACAUAAUUUGAAAAGGGAGAGGCUUAUGUUUGAAAAAGAUUGUGCCACAAAACUAAAGGAGAAGCAGCUCUUUGAGAUAUUUCCAGGCAUUAACCAAAAUUUUCUGGUGGACAUUUUCAAGGACCACAACUAUUCGUUAGAACACACAGUGCAAUUUCUGAACUGUGUUUUUGAAGGGGACCCUGUAAAAACAGUUGUAGCUCAAGAGUUUGUUCACCAAAGUGAGAAUGUCACAUCUCAUACUGGCCAGAAGUCUAAAGAGAAAAAGCCAAAGAAAUUAAAAGAGAAUGAGGAAACACUAAGCGAACUGUCUUUCCAAGACUUUGAGUACCCAGACUAUGAUGACUACAGGGCAGAGGCUUUCCUUCACCAACAGAAGAGGAUGGAGUGUUACAGCAAGGCCAAAGAAGCUUACCGGAUAGGGAAAAAACAUGUCGCCACCUUUUAUGCCCAGCAGGGUACUCUUCAUGAACUGAAGAUGAAAGAAGCCAAUCACCUUGCUGCUGUGGAGAUCUUUGAGAAAGUCAAUGCCUCACUGCUGCCACAGAAUGUUUUAGACCUCCAUGGGCUGCAUGUGGAGGAAGCUCUAGAUCAUUUGAUGAAAGUUUUAGAGAAGAAGACUGAAGAAUUUAAACAGAAUGGUGGGAAGCCCUAUUUGUCUGUGAUUACGGGGAGAGGAAACCACAGCCAGGGAGGAGUUGCUCGCAUCAAACCAGCUGUCAUUAAACACCUCAUAAGCCAUAGCUUCAGGUUCUCUGAAAUUAAACCAGGGUGCUUGAAAGUCAUGCUAAAGUAAAAUAAACGUCCUUGAAUUAGAAGUAUGAAGGUUUGUAGGUUAAAAUUACUUUUAUUUGCAGUAAUUCAGUCAAUUCUACCCUAAACAUGUGUUUUAUUAUAAAUAAUAUUCAGGUAUGAAGCAAAAAAAAUUAACGAUGUUUUUCAAAAUCCAAGAGAGGUUUUUUUUUUAAUUAAAUGAAUCAAAUGCAAAUAUAUUGCCUGUUAUAACUAAUACAGAGAAAUUUUAUUGAUUACAAAAUGUCUAAGAAAAUUAUCAGCUACAGUUUUAAAGUUUAAAGUGCUCUGAUUGUUUCUCAGAAAAGGUUAUCUUUGUAUUAAUUGUUGUGUGACAUUUAGUAAUGUCCUAAAAGUCUUUUGUGAGAAGUAUUUAAAGUGCUUUGAGACCUGAUUCAUGCCCUCAAAGACUGGUAUUAAAAGAAGAAAAAGGACGUAGUAGUGGGCAGUAAAGAAAAAAAGGAGAUUUAACAAAAACACUUGAAUAUUUUUUAAUUUCAAAACUAAACACAUAAAAUGAUUUUAUUUUGCCAUAUCGUACAGGAAGGAAGACAUGUUAUUGCGCUUUCUUCUGCUUUGUAUAUGAUCUUGAUCUUUUACCUUUUGUUCUGUUCUUUUGUGUGCAUUUUAUGGGAAGAAAGUUGGGUCUGAGAUUAUAUUGCAAUUUUAUACUUUAUAUAGACAGAAAAGUUUUCAGAGAAAAAGAAAUGGUUAAAUAUCUUCCAGAUGUUGCUGCCUUAUCAAAAUGCUUCUUAGAACUGUCUAUAUAAGUGGUAUUUCAGACAGUACUAAAUAAUUAUAUUUUGUUUUUGAGGCAUGUAAUUUUUAAACUGCAGUAGGUUAAAAUUAUAUUAACUUAAAAAAUGUAGAAAAUAUUUUGGUUAUAAUUGUCCAGGUGCAGUGGCUCAUGCCUGUAAUCCCAUCACUUUCGGAAGCCAGGGUGGGUGGAUCACCUGAGGUCAGGAGUUCAGGACCAGCCUGGCCAAUGGGGUGAAACCCCAUCUCUACUAAAAAUACAAAAAUUAGUAGGGCGUGGUGACGUGCACAUGUAAUCCCAGCUAUUUGGGAGGCUGUCAGGAGAAUUGCUUGAACCCGGGAGGCAGAGGUUGCAGUGCGCCAAGAUUGAGAUUGCACCAUUGCGCUCCAGCCUGGGUGACAGAGCAAGACUCGGUCUCCAAAA